CCGGAACAUUUCCCCACAAGAAAGUACCAGGACCUGCGGCAAGCGUCACCAAGGGUCUAGACACCCAUGACGUAGUGGAUUGAGGGGUGAACUUUGCCAUAAGUCGAGGAUAAAUAGCCCAUGAAUCGCCCUCCAACAGCCUUUUUUUCUCCAUCAACAAUCCAAUAACCAAUCAACCAUCCUACCAAACAACCUUUCUACACAUUUCCAAACUCUACCUUCGCAAUGGAGACCAUCAAGAACGCCGCCAACUACGUCUCUGAGACUGUCCAGGGUGCUGGUGCCCAGGCUUCCAAGACCGCCAACAAGGAGGUCGCCAAGGACUCCGAUGCCAGCAUCGGCACCCGUGCCAACGCUGCCGUUGACGCCCUCGGUGACAAGAAGGACGAGCACGUCCACAACACCAAGGCCGAUGUCCACAAGGAGGCUGCUAAGCACUAAAUUGAUUAUGAAUGAAAUGGCGUAUAAUGAAGACUGUGGACUGCCGCGGUAUCUCUAGGGCGGGUUCUUACCUAGAGCCGCAUAUACCUCAUGUCGCUUUCCUUACGAAUACCCCAUCAGAUAUAUUUGGCUCUCGCCCGUUAUAUAUAUAUAUUAAAUGAAUACAUUUAACUUCAAAGCUUUCAAU